AUGGCCAGUCCUGACGACGAAGACAGUCGGGACGAGAAGAAACGGCGUCGAAAGGACGAUCGAAGCAAGAAACGAGAGGAGGAUGACGACGAAGAUCGCAAGAGCAGUCGUCGAAAGGAUCGGAAACGAGACGAUCGCAAGGAGAAAAAGCGAGGACGAAAGGAUGAUUCGGAGAGCAGCAGUGACGAAGAGGAAGAUCGGAAACGCCAUCGCAAGUCCAAGAGCUCCAAGAAAAAGCGCAGCCGCCGCGAGGACAAGAAGCGUCACAAGAAAAAGCACAAACGCAAAGUUUCCUCCUCCUCGUCUUCGGAGGAUUCCGACUCUUCGUCUUCCGACGACAAUAAUAAUGAACACCGAACGACCAAAAAAGUCGUCAACAAAAAGCUCCUAGAAAAGCUAGCGGCCAAAGGCGAGACGCUGGAGGAAUGGCGGGAGCGAAAGUCUCAGAAACGAGCGAAUCGAAUUGCGUCCAAGUUUGGAUACACUGCCGAAGAGAACCCAUUCAAUGACCCCAAUCUACACGAAGCAUUUACCUGGAAGAAAAAGGAGGAAAAGGCUGCCUUGAACAAGGAUGGAACAUCCGCCUCGAAACCGGACAAUGUGUUUGACGAAAUUGAUAAGGUCCGCAAACGGCGUGCAGACCGGGAACUCCAGUUUGAAGAGAUGGAACGCAUCCGAGCCGAAGAGGCGAGAAUGAAAGAACUGGAAAAUUACGAUGAAUGGGCACGGAAAGAGGAAGAGUUUCAUUUGGUACAGCAGCGUCAACGAUCGGCCAUUCGGCUGGUGGAAGGGAGAGAGAAACCCAUUGAUGUUCUGGCAAAGAACCUCCUAUUGUUUGGACUAUCGGAAGAGGACCGAAACAGUCGUGGUUCUGUCAAGUAUCAAGAACGAUACAAUGCAUUGAAUGCCUUGGAGUCGCUAGAGGCAGAACUAGAGGAGCCUCACAAUCUUCUCAAGCAUCUCAAACGCAAUGAGUUGGAAGAAUUGUUGGUGGACAUUAAAGCAUUCAUGACUUUGGAAAGGGAGGCUUCUUCGGGACAAGCCAUGCUACAAGAUGACUCGAUCAAUCUAGUGUUGAAGUAUUGGGAGGCUUUGCGGAUCGUCGCAGAAGACGAAAUCAAAUAUCUCAACACGGGAGGCAAGGAUGGAUCGCAUGCUUCCAUGGUCCAAGAUGUCCAAAAGAUUUUCAAGGGACAAUCUCCAGAUGCGUUGGUCAAAAUGAAGGGAGAAGUGGAACAAAAGCUCCGCUCCAGUGCUGUAUCGGGGGAUGCAUAUGGCGCAGAUGACUCUCGGGAUCGCGACUACUGGAAAACGGUGUUGGAGCAACUGCAAGUUUACCUGGCCAAGACGGAAUUGUCGGAGCAACAUUCCAAAAUGCUGGUCUGUCAGCUCGAGAAACUGGAGCAGAAGAAGAGCGAGCUCAGCCAGCAGUCGUCAGAAGCCAAAAAGGAAGAUGCAACAGAAGAGCAGCAAAAGAAUGAAAGUGCAGGGUCAAUGAUGCCAAAGAAUGUGGCAACAGAUUUUGGCAACUUGGAAGAAGAGCUUGGUCUCACGGAUGAGAUCGAUAUGCAUGCCCAAAGCUAUUCUUGGCAAGACAAAUACCGACCCAGAAAGCCUCGGUACUUCAACCGUGUCAAGACUGGUUAUGAUUGGAACAAGUACAAUCAAACUCACUACGACCACGACAACCCGCCGCCAAAGAUUGUCCAGGGCUACAAGUUCAACAUUUUUUAUCCCGAUCUUAUUGAUCCGACCAAAACACCCCAGUACUCGCUGGAGCCCGCCGAUUCGGAUGAGUUCUGCAUCCUCCGCUUCUCCGCUGGGCCUCCUUAUGAAGACGUUGCCUUUAAGAUCAUCAAUCGUGAGUGGAAUCGAUCAAGAAAGCGCGGAUUCAAAAAUACAUUCGAGCGCGGUGUCCUGAGCGUGUACUUCAAUUUUGCGACGCAUUGGUAUCGGAGAUAA